AUGUUUAAUUCUUCCCGCUCAACUCUGGAUUACUUUAGCACUAUUGGUUUGACGAAUACUGGUAACACCUGCUUUAUGAAUGCACCACUUCAGGCCAUCUUAAACAAUACCUUGGUUUUGGAACCUGAUAAUAGCACAGUUGUGAAAAGAUUGAACGAUAUUCCGGUUCCAAUGAAGGAAAUGUGGAAGGGCAAGGUUGUGGUGAGAGAUCUUGUUGUAGUCUUUACUGGUAUGAACAGUCGUCGUCGGGUGUUUACCCCUCCCCGAAUGUUGGCUGCUAAACAGAAUAACAGGUCUGGCCUAAAUGCUUUUUUCACGCGAGCACAGUCUGUGAUGGGAAACAGCCAUCCUGGUACCGAAACACCCAAUCCUACAACCCCUCCUCCUCCUCUUGACCAAAUCAUGGAUGUUGACAAUAUCCAAAACGAUGAUGCUGCUGAAUUUUUCAGAUUCAUUCUAGAUUCCAUCCAGGUAGCAGUGGUAGAAGCUGAUCAGACUUUGGUGCCUUUCAAGUCGUCCUACAUUGCAAACGAGGUUAUUCCUGUAGAAUAUGAGGAUGUAAACGUCAUUGUAGAUGAUGUAGUUGGUAAUAACUUUCCAGUCAAUUUUUUCACUGGCCAUGAUAUGACGAAGAUGGGACCCAUUGUUUGUUUCACUCCCACUUACCGAUAUAGUGGCACACCCAGACUGAGAAUGAACAUUCCACCUAGUUCUGGUGGUGUAGUUGAACAACAUUUAUAUCAUUUGCAUGCAGUUGUGAUGUUUGUCUCCGAGGGACAUUAUAUUUCAUAUAUUCGUGACCAUACAAACAGUCAAUGGUGGGAGUAUAAUGAUACUACUGUGCAAAAGGUGAACUCUCGAAAGAUACGUGGAGUUAUUAAACUGUUGAUUUAUAUCCGUCGUCAACUGUUGAAUAAUUUUAUUGCUGUAAAUUAUUAA